AUGUCGAUGAAUUCACAAAUAUUUGUGAUAGUGGUAACGGGAUUGACAACGGGACAAUUAAUCAUAGAAUAUAUAAUCUCGAUACCUUUCUAUCAAGAAUAUAAAAUUCACCCAUCAUCGCCAAUUAAGGAUGACAUACCUGACAAUUUAGAAAAUUCUGCAUUAAUGAGAAAUAUUGAAAGUGGAAGUUACAAAGAUGAUAUUGAAAUUGGGUCUCGUAGAAAUACCGAUAAUGAAGUUAAUGAUAAUGAAAUAUGA